AGCGCGAGUGACGAUGAAGCGACGUGGUUGUCGGCCGCCCCGUUAGAUCGCAGCAUAGGGGCGCCUUAUCGACCUAUGACGUCAUCUCACACCACCCUGCCAGCCAAUCAGAAACGAAAGCUAAGGGUGCAGUGGUGUCUGUGUCGUCAAUGGGCCAGGUAGUACUCGUUCGGAGUUUGUGGUUAGUUCCUUGCCGGCGCGAUUAUAGUGAUUAGUGAUAGUGAACUUGACAGGAUGACUCUUCAACAGUUUGCCGAAGAUAUGGACCAGUACUUGCACUACGUGGGCGGAGCUUACGGUGCUCUGGCCCUGACUUGUGUGGCAGCAGGUUCGGCUUACUACCUGGCCAGCAGACCUAUUCCAGAAAAACCUCUGGUGCCACUGAACCAUCAGAGCUUCCUGCUACCGGGCCCUGAGAUCGUGAGGGUGUCCAAGUUCUACAAAGAGUCCAAGGACGGCAAGUUUGUCUCGUACCUAUCGCCGGACGCACGGACCCUCUACGACACGUUCAGGAAGGGAGCCAAAGAAUCAAAUAAUGGCAAAUGCUUGGGAUGGCACGAUGGACCCAACAGACCCUACCAGUGGCUCCACUACAACGAGACCCUCCUGCGGGCACGGAACCUAGGGUCGGGACUGGUGUCCCUAGGAUUGGCUCCGUCCCCUUCCACCUACAUCGGCAUCUACAGCCAGAACUGUCCAGAGUGGGUGUUGGUAGAGCAGGGAGCGUAUUGUUACUCAAUGGUGAUCGUGCCGCUGUACGACACCUUGGGGCCUGACGCGUGUGCCUUCAUCAUCAACCAAGCGGAGAUCUCUGUUGUGGUCUGUGAGAACGACGCCAAGUGUAACCUACUACUGGACCGCGCGCCGCGUUGUCUGCGCAAGCUGAUCGUCAUCCACGAGACUCGGCUCGCAACCAACCAGCGCGCCAAGAACAGAGGCAUCGAGGUCCUCCGGUUCGAGGAUGUCGAGAGGAAUGGAGCCAUCAAGAACAACCCCGAAGUUCCUCCAGAACCGAAAGACCUGUGUACGAUCUGCUACACUUCAGGGACCACAGGGAACCCCAAGGGUGUGAUGUUGAGCCAUGAGAACGUGGUGGCAGGAGUGUGCGCAGUCAUACUUCAGCUGGGGGACCAUAAGCCGACUGUGGACGAUAUCAUGAUAUCCUUCCUGCCUCUUGCCCACAUGUUGGAGCGUUGCUGUGAGAAUGGGAUGUACAUGGUGGGAGGUGCAGUAGGUUUCUACUCUGGAGACAUUCGCCAUCUCGCUGAUGACAUGAAGGCGUUGAGGCCUACCGUCAUGCCAGCAGUUCCCAGGCUGCUCAACCGCCUGUACGACAAGGCUAUGGCCGAAAUUCAGCCAUCCUUCAUCAAGCGAGUUCUCUUCAACAUGGCUCUCAGUGCCAAGAAGAACGAGAUUGAGAGAGGAAUCAUCCGUAACAACAGUUUUUGGGACAAGCUAGUGUUCAGGAAAAUCCAGGAGGGCAUGGGUGGCAGAGUAAGACUCAUGGUGGUGGGCUCUGCUCCUUUGGCUGGCAACGUUCUCACCUUUGCUCGCUGUUCUCUUGGUUGUCUUAUAGUGGAAGGAUAUGGUCAGACUGAGUGCUGUGCUCCUGUUACUCUUACAGUACAAGGUGACCAUGUACCCGAGCAUGUAGGUCCACCAGUGGCUUGUUGUCAAGUGAAGCUUGUGGACGUACCGGAAAUGGAGUAUUAUGCCAGUGGUAACCAAGGCGAGGUCUGUGUUAGAGGAACUAACGUUUUCGUGGGCUACUUCAAGGAACCAGACAUGACCAGGGCCACUGUGGACGACCUUGGGUGGCACCAUACUGGGGACAUUGGCCAGUGGCUUCCUAAUGGAACAUUGAAAAUUAUAGACAGAAAAAAGCACAUCUUUAAACUUUCACAAGGAGAGUACAUAGUGCCUGAGAAGAUUGAGAAUGUAUAUAUCCGCAGUCAGUACGUCCACCAAGUGUUCGUGCAUGGGGAAUCUCUCAAGUCAUGUAUCAUAGCGAUAGUGGUACCAGAUGUGGAUGUGAUCAAAUGUUGGGCAACGGAAAACCGAAUAGAUGGCACAUUAUCGGUCCUAUGUGCCAAUCCUGAGGUUAAAAAACUCAUCAUGGACGACAUGAUCACCUGGGGCAAGGAGGCCGGGCUCAAGUCUUUCGAGCAGGUGAAGGACAUCUACCUGCACCCUGACCCCUUCUCCGUGCAGAAUGGCCUGCUGACUCCCACCUUCAAGACAAAGCGACCGCAGCUCAAGACGUACUUCAAACCGCAACUGGAGGAUAUGUACACCAAGCUGGUAUAACACGGCCGAAGUCUGCGGUGUCGUGAUUGUCGCGGUCAUGGCACAGACUAGUCAAGUCCGGAAAUGUGAGAGACAGUUGUGGGAACUCCACCGGUUUAUAACACAUUAUUAAAGUUGGACCAAUCUUGUAUUUUUGUUUUGUAAGAGUCAAAAAUGUGGAAGAAUGAGUUAUCCAAUCGAAACUAUUGUAAUAGGUAUCUAUGUACUGAUCUCGUUCAAAAUGGAGAGUCCAGUAUAUGAUUCUAAAUAGCUCAUGACUUAAAAAUAAUUGAUGAAAACUUAAAAAAUACAUUAGUUUAUUAGUACCAAUUAUUAUUGUAGAAGUAAUAUAAUUAGUAACUGCAAUAGAUUUAAUUGUACCAUAUUAUUCAGACUAUACGUUGAAGCCAACACUUUUUACAUUAGAAUUCAUGUAAUAAAGGAAAAUUGUUCUCUGAUUGUAAAGACAAGUUAUCUUGUGAAUGCAAUUAUUGCCUUAAUUACAAAAUGACUAUUAUUUAUUUAGUGUGUGAUAAUUCCACUGUUUUCAAAAUCAAGGUCCACUUUUUUUCCAUCAGUGAUCAUUACUUAACUCUAUGGUACCAACUUACAGUCCUUACACUGUACGGGUCUUGUAACAGUCUUCUACAAGCGGACUUGUCAUUGAAAGAGUUACUAUUUUCACACUGAAUUUGGAUUUUAUUAGUCAUUCUGUUUAGAGGGCAUUUCAAAAUAUGAAAAUAAUUACUGUAUAAAAUGAUGUAAAAUGGUGUUUAAUAAUAAAAGCUUAGACACAGCUUGAGACUAUAAUUAAUUUUGAAUUUUAAUCUAUAAUAUUAGUAACAAUCCCGUUAUAGGCUAAUUAAAAAUUUACAUUCAUGUAGUAGCACCUAUUUCUUUUAAACUCCAACAACUUUGAGGUUUGUACAUAAGUCUUGAGAAGAGGAGUUUUAUUCAAUUUGUCAAGUCUAUCUUACGAAGCUCUGUAUUUUACAACUUUCCUCACAUACUAAUUUGUUACUUCAUUAUGCAAGACUCAAAGUUAUAUUGUUAAUUAAUUCACCUGUAAUAGGUUAUCACUCUACUUUACCAAUGUUGAAUAAUGUUGUAAAUAAGUUAACUACAAUUGUUGUGCAUAUUAUGUAAAGUAAUUUGUAAAUAGGAUGAAUCAUCUGCAAACUGAAAGCCAUUUCAAAAUUACUUGGAAUGCACGGACUUCUUUGCCUUAUUUUUAAGAACUGAAUUCUACCAGUUUGAGUGAAUGUUAACUAAAUCAAGUUUUUGUAGUUUGCAAAUUUAUUGUAGUAGUACGUCAAUAAAACUUCAAUUUUUUACAUUUUAAUGAAAGACAAUUUCAGAAUUUAUGUUCAUAGGAUGUAGCCUGUUCAAGGACAAAACUAAAUAUAAAAUGUAUUUUGUAGCAUUUAUGACUUAAGUAGGUUAGCGAAAUAUUGAUUUACACAUUGAAACUGUGUUUCUGUCCACUACUUUGUUUAUUCUACGCAAGACAAGGUUUUUAAUGUGAACUGACAGAUCAGUACAGUUGUUAGGGCAAUUGAACUGAAGUGCACCGUCUACUUGAAUCUUGUAUGAUAUAUCAUUAAUAAAAUAUAUGAAUUGUUAUAUUUUUCA